AUGGGGCUGGGGGCGCCGAAAAGGCGCAACAAGCUAUCGCACGACCCGAACAACACCGCUUGGUCUCGCUCCAGUGACAACUUUGGCCACCGUAUACUCACGUCGCAGGGCUGGAAGCCUGGAGACUACCUCGGUGCAGAAGAUGCAGCGCAUGCGAGUCACUUCACUGCGGCAAAUGCAUCGCAUAUCAAGGUUCUACUGCGGGAGGACAAUCUAGGCCUGGGCGCAAAGAUCGGGGGCAAAGCCAACGCUGAGACGUUCGGUCUGAGUACUCUAUCUGGCAUCUUUGGCAGGUUGAACGGCAAGAGUGUUGAUGAUGUCGAGAAGCAUCAGACGCAGCUUAGGGAUGCUGAACUGCGGAGUUUUCAAGCGCAGAAGUACGGGUUCAUGAACUUUGUGCGCGGCGGGCUGUUAGUCGGAGACAGGAUCGAGAACGAGGGCGGAGAGUCUGCGAGUGUAACGAACGCAACCGACAAUGACUCAGAGGUCAAGGCUGUCCGUAAAGAUAGAAAGCGCAAAGUGGACGCGGCAGAGGCAGACAGCGAGCAAGCAACGAGCAGCACGAAGAAGCGAAAGGCUCAUAAUGAUACGUAUGACGACCACAACCAAACAGCUGUCGAGCCGACGUCUACAUCCAGUCAAACUCCGACUGCUGGUAGCGCUUUGGAUGAAGAUUGCGAUUCGGCGAAGCAGCGCCGGAGAGCCGAACGCAGGGCAAGGCGUGCAGCAAACUCGGGAGACGACCAGGCUGUUGCAACUCAGAAAGCACGCUUGAAGGCGGAAAAGCGCGCAAGGAAAGAGGAUCGCAGGAGGCGGAAAGAGGAAAAGCGACGCCUCCGAGUUGAGCAGUCGGCCAUUCAAGCAAAGCAAGAACCGGAUGAGGCGCCAUCUCAAUCAGCGGUACUGUUGUCCAAUGAGUCAUUGAGCGAGACACCUUCUCGGCUGUCGACGCCAGCGCAACAAGGGUUUGCGUUCGCUGGUAACAGGCACGCUGUGCGGCAACGCUACAUUCAGCAAAAGCGGAUGGCUUCAAUGGACCCAAAGGCUCUAAACGAAAUCUUGAUGAUCAAGGCACAAGGGUAG